AUGGACAGGAAUUUUGAAGACGCGAAGACGUUGGACGAACCAAAUCUUCAUAGGUUAGCAAUUGCGCUUCUGAAGAACGAAUAUUGGAGUCUUUAUUUAACUCCAGAACAAAAACGUAAAUAUGUAAAUAUCAUUAAUGAUGUACGGUUAUGGAAUCGAUUUAUAAACGUGAAAAGCUGGGAUUUACUAUGCGACGCAAAAGACAUUUCAGGAAGCGGUGAAGAAGAUGAGGAUUUAGAUAUGACAACCCUUUUUCGAUGUCGAUGUAUGCUAUACGAUGCUCAAAUUCAUGGUGAAUUCUACGCUACAGAAAACGCUGAAAGUCUUCCUACUCAAGUAACUAAGGAAGACGAACGGAGUCUGCCUCAUGCAAGUGAGAGUACCGAGCACUUCACUGAAGAAAAUAGAAUUGAAAAAGAAGAAGAACUGAAGAAAAAGAGCUCUACUCGAGAGAUUCAUGAGAACGAUUAUGACGAACCAGACAGCGAUGAUGAUCACCCAAAAAAUGACGAAAAACAGGAACUUAAUGGUGCUUCAUCUCUUUCGUUUGUAGACUUAGAGUCCAUUGAUAUCGAUGAUAUGGACGUUUCAGGAUCAAGCACUAUUGAAGCUAGCAAGGCCCUUAGUAAUAUCGCCUAUAAUUACGUGUAUUAUACCCUGGAAGAUGAUUGUCUAGAUCAAGAAGAAGUUGAGAAAAUAAACAAUGGUGGACCCUCUUCACCUACGAAAACUUCAUUUCCUCAAAGUUCUUCCAGUGCUUCGUGGACUGAAAAUUUUUCUCAAUUGCAUUCCAAGUUUGGACCUUUAACUGCAAAUUUCAAGAAUCUUUUGAACUUUAUUGAAAGCAACCGGAAUGUUGUCGGUGCUUCUGAUUCUGAAAUAAAGCACCUAUUGGCAGAUGUUCGAAAAAGCAGAUCAAAAUGGGCAAAUGAGCAAAGAAUAGGUCAAGAAGAGUUAUAUGAGGCAGCUGAAAAAGUCAUUAUGGACCUUCGUUCCUACACUAAGCAUUCCAUGCCUUUUCUGACCAAAGUCAGCAAGCGUGAUGCACCUGACUAUUACAAUGUUAUUAAAGAGCCUAUGGAUUUGGGAACGAUGCUUCGGAAAUUAAAGGCGCUGCAGUAUAACAGUAAAAAAGAUAUUGUUUAUGACUUAAUGCUUAUUUGGUCUAAUUGCUUAGCAUACAACUCUCAUCCGGAACAUCCACUACGUAUCCAUGCUUUAAUGAUGAAGAAGAAGUCGCAAGAGCUUGCUAAUAUCAUUCCGGAUAUCUCUAUUCAAUCUAGAAAAGACUACGAUGAAACUUUGAUGGAAGCAGAUCUUGAGAGUGAUGAAGAAGAGUCAAGUGAAAAAACAUCUAAACAUACUACAUCAAAAAAAACAUCAUCAAGGGGUGGACAAAGCAAGCGAUCUGUAGAAGUACACACAGACGUCCCAAACAGCCCUGACGAGGGCGAAAAACAAGGGCGAAAAGAAGAUGACCAACAAAAUAAGGAAGAAGGCUUACAGCCGCAGCCUUCCUCUGAUAUUGCUGAAAUCCCUGAGGAGAAGCUCUCCGCUGGAGAAGAAAAUACCACUCAAGCACAAACAGUUGUUGAGGAUAAAUUUGAUUCUGACGUUGCACAUGAAUUUUGGAAGAAGGAUUCAAAAUCUGCUCGUGUGGAAUCUAUUUUGCGCAACAGGAAUAUGUUAAGGAAUUUGGAUGCUUUAGAAAGUUCCUCUUCGUAUUGUAGGACUCCCGAAGCCAUGGCAUCAUUUAUGAAUAGAGAAAAAGCUUAUGAAAAAUUUUCUGCAUCCUCUGAAAGUUUAAGUGAUAUAUUGGAUAUCUCCAAUACAAAUUCUAGUUACAACUAUCUGUUUGAAUACGAUGUAACUUCAGGAAUACCCGUCCAUGAUUUUGCCGGGAAUAAUUUUAGACCAGUCGAAGAUGAAGUCUGCAAUAAUUACCUACUUUUGGAAAUGAAUUCACAUUCCCCAGGGCUUUCUUCUUCUAUGUACAGAAACAUAUCGAAAAUGCAGCAGAUAAGAAAGCUUUGUAAUAAAAUACAGACAGUCAAGCAGAUGCAACUCCCACAGCCGUUUUACUCUGAUUAUUAUCGAAGUAAUAUUCCUUUCACCAAUGAAGAGUCGAUUUUAUUAGAUAUUCCACAAGACUAUGAAGGAGUUUCCGAUUUUCAACCAGUCGCACAUGGAAUUAUAAAGAAACUUUGUUCAGUAAUUCUUUUCCACGCUGGGUUCGAUUCAUUCCAUUCUGAGGCUUUGAACGCGUUGACAGAUGUAGCAGCGGAUUAUAUGAAAAAUGCCGGUACCUUAAUUGAUAAUUAUAUUUCGAACAAGCAAAAGGAUUCCAAAGAAGAAAUAAUCAGUCAAACCCUUCAAGAACUAGGCGUCUCCGGUCCUGAGACGUUGGUUUCUUACGUUUUUGAUGACAUUAAACGCUAUGGGAUUAAACUAGACGAAGUUCAUCAGAGGCUACAUAGACAUUUCGUGGAGCUUCUACGGCCAGCACUUUCAACUACGAAUGACGAAGAUGCAAUUUUUGGACAGAAUAGCGAUUCAUUUAUUACAGGUGGAUUUUCAUAUGAUACGGGCGAUGACUUCUUUGGAUUACGAGAACUAGGUUUGGAGAAAGAACUCGGAUUGGACUCAUUGUCUGUACCUUUACAUUUAUUGCAAAGUAGGCUGAGAUUAAAUAUGAGUCAGCAGCCAGAAUUAACUACUGAAAAUACAAAAGAAUACCCUCUUCCCCCCAGGUACCCACCAAUUACUAGAGAGAGUUUGAAGGACGAAGUUAAUCUUAUCCAAGAUUUCCUAACUGCAAGGAUGGAUGAGUUUGGUGUAGAUGAAUUAAUAGAAGAUGAAGAUAUUCGGCCACGAAACAAGCCUCCACGGCCCCGAUUACCUCCCAAUGGAAAGAUUACAGCGGGGAGAAAGCGUAUUGCAUCCUCCGUGUUUCUGAAUCAGUCUUUGCGGAAAAAGAAAUGCACAAAGAAUGCUGAAGGAUCUUCUCAAUUCAACGAGAUGCCUUCUGCUAUGCAAGAAGAGAAAACAUGA